AUGGCAAAAGCAUACGAUUAUCUCUUUAAACUACUUUUGAUCGGUGAUUCAGGUGUUGGGAAAACAUGUGUGCUAUUACGUUUUUGCGAUUCGGCAUUUAGUACAACAUUUAUUUCUACAAUUGGAAUUGAUUUUAAGAUUCGUACAAUCGAUUUAGACGGCCGAAAAAUAAAACUACAAAUAUGGGAUACUGCUGGUCAAGAACGUUUCAAAACGAUAACAACCGCUUAUUAUCGUGGGGCUAUGCAUGCAUCAGCCGAUGUCGAACGAAUGCUUAUUGGAAAUAAAUGUGAUAUGGCUGAUAAAAGACAAGUUAGUCGAGAUAAAAGCGAUCAGCUGGCAAUGGAAUAUGGAAUCAAAUUCAUGGAAACAAGUGCCAAAGCAAACAUAAAUGUGGAAGAAGCAUUCACUACAUUAGCAAAAGAUAUUAAAGCAAAAAUUGAUAAAAAAAGUCGUAUGACUGAUUUAUCUCAGUUCGUUCGUCAACGACAUGAUGAAAUUAUGAAUGUCAUCAAAGAGGAAGUUGAUUAUUGGAAAGAAAUGCAUGCAUUGAUGGAUCAAAAACUGCUUUUACCAGGAGAUUUGCGUUCUUAUAGCACAUUACCACGUGGUAUUAAACAAAGUCCAUCAGAUAGUUUGAACACAAUCGAUGAAACCAAUGAAUAUGAAUUAUUCAAAAUAUUGCAUGAUACGUCAGGCAUAACUCCAUUAUUGAUACAAACAAUCAGACAAACGCGGAUGCGAUUAUCAAUAUUAUCGAAUCAAAAACAGUCUCAUAAUGAAAUUAAUGAAACUUUCUCAUCAUUGUCAUCAGUCACAACAACAUCGAAUGAAGAAAAUGAAAUGACAUUAGUUGAACAAGUUUCACCACCACUUCAACGACGUUUACUUUUCGAUACACCAACAUCGAGACCACCAAUAGUAAGCUUAAAACAAGAUGAAACAUUUAUAAAAAUGUCUCUUAGUUCAUCAAGAUCAUCAGAUAUAUAUCAUGAAAACGACGUCACAAUUAUCAAUUCGAAUAAUCUUUUACAACCGCUUCAAACAUUUAUUGUUCAACAAAUAGCAGAAGAACAGUGGAAAGCGACAACAGAUAUAGAACAUAUGUCUAAAUACAAUUGUCCAUCAUUCUCCUCAUUUCAAUCGCAAAAAUCAGGAGAAAAUUCGUUUAUCGAUGAAAACAAUAAUAGUAUGAUGAGUUCUCGUGAAAAACAAUAUGAGAAAAGUACUAUUAGUAAUAUCACGUGUAUUACUAAUAAUGAAACGUUAAAUUUCGGUGAAGAACAACUCCAACUGAUUGAUUACAACAAUUGUAAUGAAAUGUUUGAUGAUGACGAUCAACAUAAUCAGUGUGCUGGUACAACAUUUUUUAUUCAUAAUAAAGAAAAUCCGUUGAGACCAGUAAUAACAUUUAAAACAUCAACUGAUCCAGCAUCUGCAUAUUCAUUUUUAACUGCCAGUGAUACUAUAAGUACAAAUGAACCACAAUCAACCAUUUCAUAUGGGCAUAUAACAACAAUAGCAAAUUUUAGUGAAGAUGAAUCAUCCACAUUAUCUCCGUUUGAUAGCAGCAAGGUCAAAUUAUUGAAACCUAUGACAAAAUUUGUUCAGUCUAUAUCAUUCGAUAAUUCACAUACAAAGAAAGAAAAACCAAAUAAGGCUCUAGUAUCCGACAGUAGUUUUAGUGAACAAAAGAAACAUGUACAUUCAGGUCGGUUACAAAUGAAAAAGGAACCGACAGCAGCUGUGGAUACAUGUGAUCCGAAAAAGCGUGCAACUGACAUUAUGAUGGUUCAAUUGAAACAAACAGAACGUCGUGACAAAAAAUCACAUAAAAAUGAUUAUAUUCUUUCAAACACAACAGCUGCAUCCUACGAUGAUGACGAUCAAACUCUGUUAGCUAUGACAGAGGGUAAAAAUGUUAAACAAAAAGAAGGAACAUGUGUUGAACCACCACAUCAAACUAGAUUAAAAAGUAAAACAAAUCAAUUUGCAUUAUCGUUAUCAUCAUCUUCAUAUCUUCAAGAUUCAUCUGACAAUGACGAACAAACCCCUCCCUCAGUACGAAUCAAACCCUUAUAUCGUAUUGUGACCUUAGAGGUCAUAUUAUCACGAGAACGUUUAUCAUUUGUGCAUCCAAUAAAACGUUCAAUGGUUCUUAAAAUAGGUUUCGGCGAUGUUGACGAUUUAUCGACAUUGACUGUACUAGAUACAGAGAAUUUAUUACGGGAACUUCAUGCCCGAUACAAAAAAGGAAUAAUUUAUACGUAUAUUGGAGAUGUUCUUAUUGCAAUAAAUCCCUUCAAACAACUGAAUAUUUAUGAGAAACAGCAACAUGACCUGUACAAACAUGUCAAAUAUCGUUGUCAAUUGAGUCCACACAUAUUUUGGGUUGCUGAUCAAGCCUAUCGUAAAUUACGCUUAUCAAAUCAACCACAAUGUAUAGCUGUAUCGGGCGAAUCGGGAAGUGGAAAAACAGAAUCAACGAAAUUGAUGGUUUCUCAUAUAAUUCAAGAGUGUUCAGGAGAUGCCAGUGAUCGAGAAUUGCAAAAACGUAUUAUUGAGGUAAAUCCUCUGCUCGAAGCAUUUGGAAAUGCUCAAACGUGUAUGAAUAAUAAUUCAUCGAGAUUUGGUAAAUAUUUACAACUUAGUUUUACAGAUGAUGGACGAAUUGUUGGAGCGAAAGUAUUUGACUAUUUAUUGGAAAAAUCUCGUGUUGUUCAACAUGGACCCGGUGAAAGGAACUAUCAUAUUUUUUACUAUAUGUUUGCUGGUUUAGAAAAAGAAUUAUUGGAAUAUUACCAUUUGGACAAUCCCGAACAUUACAGAAUAUUAAAAGAUCCAUGUGGUGGAAAAGUCUUCCCAAGUCGAACAGAUUUUAAACAUUGUCGACAAAGUUUUCAUACACAAAAGGAUAUUAUGAGACGUGUCGGAUUUACAAAUGAAGAUACAACCAUUGUAUUUACUCUGUUGUCAGCCAUAUUACAUCUUACAAACAUUCGCUUUUCUCAUGAUGAUGAAACAGAUGGAGUAUUUGUUGAAGAUGAACAUGCACUUGAAGUUGUUUGUAGUCUUCUGGCACUCGAUCAAGAAAUUCUUACUAUGGCAUUAAUUUCGACGUUUAGCACAACUAAAGGUGAGCGAGUAAUAAGUUUGAAAAAUGUUGAUCAAGCCAAUGAUUGUCGUGAUGCAUUGGCUAAAGCAAUGUACGAAAGAUUAUUUGCUUGGAUUGUAAAACAAGUUAACAAUCUUUUACAGCCAAAUAAACAGCAAAAAUACAUUGUUGAUGAAGUACUUUACAAAACCAUUGGCAUUUUGGAUAUGUCCGGUUUUGAAAAUUUCCAAGUUAAUAGUUUUGAACAACUGUGUAUUAACGUGGCAAAUGAACAUUUACAGUAUUAUUUUAAUGAACACAUAUUUUUACAAGAAGAAAUGGAUUAUAAAUUAGAAUGUAUACCGCUGGAAAAAGUGGACUUCCAAAACAAUGAAGAUCUUAUUGAAUUGUUCAUGGGUGUACGCAUAUUUGCACUAUUAGACGAAGAAUCACGUUUUCCCAAAGCAAAUGAUGAAUCACUGGUACAAAAGUUUCAUAUGCAUUGUAAAAAUCAUAAGCGCUAUAUUAGACCAAGAGGAAAUGAAACAGCAUUUGGAAUUCAUCAUUAUGCAGGCAAAACUUCUUUGGCUGAAUUACUGGAAAAAAUGAAAGAUGCAGAGCCAUCAUUUGUACGGUAA